GACUUUCGCUAUAACGACAAUAAACAAUUGAUUUGGCGAGAUUCAUGCGGUUAAAUUUUUAUUUAACUAUGGAGGUGCCGUUCCAGACGUUAUUAUCUUUGUUUUUAAUAUUUUCUUUACUUCAGAGUUAUGUAUGUAUCGACACACAUAAUGAUGACGAUACUCAAGAACUUCUAGGGAAUCAUGGCAAUCUAUUAAAAGAAAAACAUCCACCUCACAAAUAUGAACAAAUUACCAUGAAAAGCAGCAAUCAAGAGACGAUUUCUGCGAGAACUUACCAAAAAGAGGAACCAGGUCUUGAAAAGUAUAGCACCCAAAAUAGAAGUUUGGCAGACACACAUAAAAAUGAUAAAAUUUACAUGGCUCCAGAUGAUUCAUCAAACUCUCUUGACAUAGGCAGUGAUACUCCCAUCCACACCAGGAACUCACAAGAAACUAUCAAGAAAGGUCCAAUGAAAUCUACAGCCCAUUUUCUAACAGAAUUUCAACCAAUUGCAUUAAAGUAUUACAUAAUGAGGGCAUCACAUAACCCAGUUUGUGUACUUUAUAGCAGUAGAGAAUCAAAUUUAGAUGUUGAAAUAAAGAUCAGUAAAUUUUGGGCAGCUUUACCAAGUGAUACUGCAUAUGGAACAUGGAGGAUUGGUUUAUUUGAGAAGAAUCAUGGUUCAUCAGGUAUCAAAUUUCCACCAGUAGUACCAAUGCUAAGAUGCUACAUAGGAACCGCCAUACCACAUGAUUACAAUGGUAGGGGAACCAAGAAACACCUCCACAAAUGGUUCCAAAAGCUGGUGAGUCACAAUAAUUUUAAGUGUAUUCACCAACACAUUUUAACUAAACCAAAUACCCAAUAAAUUCUUGAUUACCUGUAGGAAGUUAUAAACUUUGUGUUUAUUUUUGGGCUACAGUAUUCCCUACACCUUGACAAACUACCAGAAGCCCAUCGAUCUACUAUUGAUGAUGUCAUUGCUACCAGUAACAUGACCAUCCUAGCAUUUCCAGGCGUGAACCAUCACUACGAUGUAGAAAUGGCUCUUGUAAUUUUGUCUGACAGAUUUAAGCCGUCAGUUAAUUUUCUGAUGGCGCAUCCUGGCUCAGUAGAAGAAGACGGUCUAAAACGGCGGUUUAAUGUUGAGCAGGACCCAACAGUGGUUGCACUUGGUGGAGAAGAUUGGACAAAAGGAUCUACCAAAACCUUGGCAAGAUUCACUAACUCUCAAGUAACACAGGAAAAUUUAGAAGCAUUCUUGUUGUCACAGACAUCAACUAGCAUUGCCCUGAAUGUGAAAAAUUUCAGAGGGGAGGUGAUAGAAGGAGUGAAGAGCUAUCAAGCUAUUCUAGUUUGUUUCCAUGCUCCCUGGGGAGUUGACAACAGUCAUUACUUAGAUGUUUUCAAUCGAUCACAAAAGACGUUAACAAAUCUUAAUGUUAAUUUAAGAUUUGGCCUGGUGGAUCUUCUCACAGAUGCUGAAGUUGUUCAUCGGUGGGUUGAUGCCAGUUAUGCAAAAUCUGUACCCUUCACAAUUUUAUUCUGGUUGGCAGAAAAUCAGGAUGAAACCAAAGGAGCUGUUCGCCAAGCAGUGCUACAGUCGAGUUUUCCAACACCUUGGAACCUAGCUAAAUUUAUCAAAAUGCAGGGGUUACCACUACUAGAUACAUCAGGCAAUGAGUUGGAAGUUUCUGUUCUCUCAGAAAACUCUGAUGUUAUGUUUGGAGUUUUGCAGACUGGAGAAAUGUGUUCUAGCCAUAUUAACACAACCUCAGGUCAAACAACAGCACCAAAGUUCACAUCUAAGCCAAAACCAAGUGAAGAUAAGAUGAAAAAGAACCAUAGCGAUGUUAAACCAAAAAUGAAGAAAGUAAAGCGAAUUAGAACUCUAAUCCAGAUUAGCAAGAGUAAUUGGCACUCUCUAAUAGAAAAAUCAGAAUCAUCACCUGGUCCUUUGCCAUUGACCAAUCAGCAGAGAGUAUUUGUGAAGGUCUCGGUUGUUGUUUUUAUAAGAGACAAGUGCAGUAACUGUGCCCGCAAACUCACAGUCUUUGAGAAGAUCCAAAAAACAGCUGCUUUUAUAGAAGGUGCCUCUGUGUACAUUAUGAAUUGUAGUAGCGAUACCGAGAUGUGUGAACGUCUUAAUAUCCGUGGCUUUCCAACAGUCUCAGCUUUUCGUUCAGUCAAGGAGCAUGGCGUCGAAAACUGUAUGUCGAAUAAGAAAAACUUGGUCAGAAUAGAUUACCAUGGCUACAUAGAGGAAAAACAGAUUAUGGAUUGGUUUUCACAUGUCUCCAUACCUGUAGCAAAAUUAUCUGACUGGAUGAAGCUAGAAGAAUCAAAACUAGAAGAAGAAGAUGAAGAAGUGCGGGUUAUCGCAACCCUGUUACCUCGUCGUCUUUCCCACCAAUACCUAAGGUCAGCUUCUGGUCACACUGAUUGGUUCCCAUACAAGUGCCUUGCUGUAGCCUGUGAACAUCUCUUUGGUGUUGCUAAGUGUUACGGUGCCAUUAGUAAGAAUAUUCCAGCCCGUGAUUUGAAGUCAGAGGAAGAGGAAGAAGACCUUGUUGUGUCUCAGAUCAUCAUGCAGCGAAAAGAUGGCGUAGAAGCACUUAUAAUGCGUGCUAACACAGCGCUAUAUCUGACCUUACAAGACGAUGCUACACAGAAACUUCAUAAAUUUCACACCCCACACAGGUAUAAUAUUCGUAGUAACCAACGCUGUGAGGAUGAUCAUAGCCAGUGUACUGAAGUGAUCUCAUUAUUUAUUCGUGAUCACAGUCGUCUGCCGGUCACUCAUUUAACAAUGGAUUCGUUCCAUACAUCCACCGGGUUUGCAGUUGAUCAUGACAACGAGGGCAGUGUUUUCUCAUCUGGUCAUCCUGUACUCAUUGCUUUAGUACACAGAGAAAAUAUUACAUCAGAUUCUAUGUUUUUGAAGGCCUUGACAGAAACUGCAUACACAUUUUACAACAAAAUGGUGAUUACAACUCUAGCAGUUGAAGAAUUCCCACAAUGGGCAACAAGGUUUGUGCCACAUGGUUACCACAGACAGGUUUUUGAACAUGCAAAUGUAAUAAAUGAAGAUCUAGUCCCUUCACUUCAUGUCUAUCCUCGACUAUGUAUUGUGCAUGGCAACAACCACCAGAGGGCAGCCUUCUAUCCACAUUCUACCCAAUUUCAGCUACAGUCUAAACAAGAUGGCAGGAUCAUUACAGAAAAAGAAAUUAAAGCAUUUGCAAGAGAUUUUCUUGAUAAUCCAGAUGUGAUGAUGGUAAAUACUGAGCACUUUUGAAAAGCUGAAUUUCAAAAAACAUCCUUCAGGGACAGAUUGAAAGUGAUCUGUUUAAAUCAUGUUCGUAUUUGAAUUAUUUUGAGCAACAUGAACUUUAAACUUAACAUUUUAAAUUUGUCCAUCAAUCAAUCAAUCAAAUAAACAGAUAACACAUGAAUAAAAUAUAUAAUGAUGAA